UUUUCGAUCUCGCGACAUUUUACWACAAGCAAUAUGGCGGCGCCCUCUCGUAGAGAAGUCUAGCGAGGAGGAAAGAAACGUGAGUUUAUAACACAGUUUAUGUAUCUAGACCGUCGUAUUUUUGUCGUCACAUCGUCUCAGAGAGACUUUUACGGAGAAAGAUGGGAUUCGAGCGUCUUCUGUGCGGAGCUCUGGAGCGAUACUCCGGUCRGUUUCGACUCGGUAACAUUCAGCAGAAAGUUCGACUCUUCGCGUCCAAGUCGACCAGCAGCGUGUCCACCCGGCUCUUUGGCGGUUCUGGACUGUUCUCCUGGGUAUUUGCCAACCCAGGCCGCCAGGUGCUUGCACCCCGCCGCAGUUUCUGCACCUCCACCCUGGCCUCCAAGGACGUCACCCUGUUCGAGCACGACAAAACCCGCUUCUUCCGGCUUCUGUCGGCCUUCUGUGGAGGACAGUUUAUCUUCUGGACGUAUAUGUCUCACUUCGCUUACACCGGGCUCAAAGACACGGGCGGAACUAAAGGGAAAGCUAGAGCUCUCACCACCACGGGACUGGCCGGGAUAUGGAGCUUCGAGAUGAACUUGGGCUCAAACGCCUGGAGAUACGGCUUCACCCUGGGAUGCCUGGUUAUAGGUGCGGGGAUAGUCGGGCUUGGACUUCUGUUUUGCCGGCGAUCUGUCAAUAAGGUGGUCCUACAUAAGGGUGGGAGGAUGGUGACAGUCUGCACACAAUCCCCUCUGGGUCCAGGCCGAGGCAGGACCAUGACUGUCCCUCUGUCCCAGGUGGCUUGUCACGCCCACAGAGAAGAAUCUCCCUCCUUCAUCCCUCUCAAAAUCAAAGGAUACAGAUUGUACUUUCUUCUGGACAAAGAAGGGAUCAUUAACAACACCAGGCUGUUUGAUGUCACCGUGGGAGCAUACAGGGCAUUUUAAUAUGUUGUUAAAGAGCUGGGAAAAACUGUUAUAGGCUCUGCUCUUCCUCAAACUGAGCUUUGGUUGUUUUUCUUCAGGCAAAUAAAAUAUCUGAACUCAAA